AUGUUGCGGUGCCGAGCGGCACAGCUGGAGCCAGAACCAAGUAUCGAUAGUCGGGUUCGCGCUGUCGAAGCCAUGGCCUCUCGUCACGAAGGCCUGCUACAACGUAUCGUUGCUUCCUUGUAUGCCUCGAGCCAAGAAAAUGCCGUUGUUUUUGAACGCAACGGCGAUAUCGACGGCGAUAUCAACGGUGAAAACAACGGCGAAGCCAACGGGGAAAAUAGCGAUGAAAGAAGUGAUGGCAACGACGGUGAAUUGGGCGAUGAAAACGUGGGUUUUGAAAGUGGCCGCGGCAAUGUGGCGAAUCGAAACGUCAAACGAAAAGCGAAAGACAUGUCCGAUGCGACAAUGGUUUUCAGUGCCGAUCGUCCCCGACGUUCACGAGGAAAGUACAACUAG